GGCGGUGCGUGCUGAUUGCAUGAACGUUGAUGACACACUUGACAGCGGUCCGGAUUUUCUGAAAGUCUUCCUUAAAAAAGGUGGAAAUGUCUGAUUUACACGAAGGUUCCAAGUUGUACGAUUGUGUGGUAGUCGGAGCUGGAAUUGAAGGAUCUUCUACAGCCUAUCACCUGGCUAAAAAAGGACAAGAUACGCUGCUUCUUGAGCAAUUCCCUCUUGGCCACAGUCGAGGCAGUUCCUGCGGCCAUUCUCGCAUCACUCGCUAUGCCUACGCACAGGAACACUUUGCCCGGAUGAUGCCGGAAUGCUUCAAGAUAUGGGCUGAGCUUGAAAACCAAACCAACACGAGGCUGUAUAGGAAAGAUGGCUUGCUUGCCUUCGCUGAACCGCCGUACAAAAGCCUGGAUAACAUGCAGCGAUCCCUGGACUCCAUCAACCACACCUACACCCUGCUGACGGGGCCGGAGAUCAACCAGAAGUACCCUGGGAUUGAAGUCUCGGACGACACUCGAGGGCUGAUUGAGCAUGAUGGGGGAGUCUUGCUGGCCGACAAAUGCUUGCAAGCCAUGCAGAAACAAUUUCAGCAUUAUGGGGGCACCAUACAUGACAGCGAGCAAGUCCUUCAGAUCUUGCCAGGAACAACUCCGAUCAUCGUGACCAACAGAGCCCACUACCGAUGCAAGAGUGUCGUCUUGACUCCAGGACCCUGGGCCUCUAAGAUACUCAGACCUCUGGGUCUAGACCCGCCUCUCAAGCCCUGGAGACUAGAUGUGUGCUACUGGAAGCCAAAAAAGCCUGGUACCUUUGAUGAUAUGCCCGCUGUCAUAACUUACACUAAAGGACACAAUACCUAUGCAUUGCCCAGCGAGGAGUACCCAGGACUUAUCAAGCUAUGUGAUCACACCGAGCACAAGGUUUGCGACCCAGACAAGAGAGACGUCCCGGCAGCCGAUCGUCACGUCAACAUGGAGAAAGUCCGAUCGUUUGCCCGACAAUAUUUCCCUGGGUUGGAGGAUGUGCCUGUCGUCGUGGAAACCUGCAUGUACACAUUCACUCCAGACGAAAGUUUCUUCCUGGACACCCAUCCCAACUACCACAAUAUAGUCAUUGGCUGUGGCUUUUCAGGUCACGGCUUCAAACUGGCUCCUGUAGUGGGUAAGGUUCUGAGUGAACUGGCUACGCAGACCAAGCCCAGCUACGACCUUUCACCUUUCAGGCUGGGUCGAUUUCCCAACGGACCGCUGGCCAAGUUGUAGACCUAGGAGCUCAGUUAAGAAACAAUUCAUAACUAUUCAUAAGCCAUGCCAAAAUGAUCAUUGUUGUGUGUGGCUAUGGAUAUUCACUGUGGGUUGCUAAUGAUAAAACUGAAGCCGUAGCCUCUUAGUGCCUGAUUUGGAAAGCAAUAUUAACCCUAAUACUCUGCCAAGGGGAUUCACCAGUGUUCAUGGUGUUGAAGUACUCGUACUCGUGCUCAUACUGAUGCUUUUUUGUUUUCAUGUGUUGAAGUACUUGUACUCAAGAAUCUCUUCUUUCUCUGCAUUGCUUUUGACGCUAUGUGGUUCAAUCUGAGGCAUUUCCUUGCCACUUUCCCCUGACUCUUUGAAUCAAAUUUGCUCGUGUUUACAACUUGAAGGCGAGAUCUUAAGGGGGAUUGGGGUGGGUCAUUAAAAGUUGAUUUUGGUUUUUGGCAGUUUUGUUAUUUUUUAAUUUUUUUAUUUCUGAGUGGAACUCGUCAACACGUGGGGGUGGGGGCGGGGAGGGGGCUGGUCAUGCUGUGAGUUGGACAAAUAAAAAAUGUAAUUGUGUGUGUGACUUUGAAACUCUACUCGUGAAAUAGGUAUUUGUUUUGAAUACAAUAAUGCAUUCGCAAAUUUUUGGGAGGGGGGAUUUUUCUGGCUCAUUUUCAAAUUAUUGAUUAUAUUCUUUUACUACAUAUACCUCACUAUGUACCAAAGAGACAACAUGCUGAUAGAAAACUUAAUUGUAUUCAAAAGUAUUUUAAUAGCUCCAUAUUUUAAGUCUGUUUACGAGAAGUAAAUAUGGCAUUAAAAAAAGAUAUAGACCAUUAUUUUAAUGUGGUUUUUAACCAAUUCAUUCUAAAUAAAUUACAGUUUUCAAGUAUGUAUAAGAACUUGCUGACAACAGAUUGAGAUUUGCAUUGUAUUUCCUGAAAUUAUAUAUUUUUUUGAGUAAAGGAAAAUUUAUUACUUAAAUUACUUAAUUGCUUUGGAAAUGAUGUUCCUUAAAAUUUGUUAAUGAAUGUGAUUUCAUGGUUAAAUCAAAAUGAAAAUAUACUACAAAAUUUGGUUUGCUCAUGUCUGUUUUGAGUAGCAAUAAGCAUCAUAGAGGUAAUUUGUACGAUGCCGGUUUCUGUAUGAAUGGAAAUUGAUAUUGAAUUUUUGGAUGUUAAAGGUAAUAUCCAACAUUUGCUUUUGCUGUAAUUUUCAGAAAUGGAUGGAUUUGGGGGUUUAGUAUUUGCAGCAAAUAUUGUAACACU